AGCACCGCCUCUCUGAGCCUCACGCCGCCGCAGUGCGCAAGGGAUGACGAAACAAUGUGUGGGACGGAAGUAGAGGCUUCUAAUCCACGUGAGUUUACGGAGUAAAGGAAACAUGGGGAAUGAUCGUAAGAGGAAAGGUUCGGUGCCACCUGCAUCACGGUCAGAUCAGCGGCUGAGCCAUGAGAAGAAAAAAAAGAUAAAUUCCAAGCCUAUUGACCAGCAUAUGGAAGAAAUUCCAUAUAAGCUUCGUGAGAUAAUGAAACUUAGAAUGGAAAUGGACAACCCCAAGAAAAAGAGAAAGCGCAAGCCAGUAAGGCAAGGAAUGCUAAAUUCAGAGCUUCAAACAGACAUCCCUGUACCAAAGUUUAAAAGGAGAAAACAGGAGUCUGUGGGAGCCUACCUGAACCGCAUGAACCAAGAGACCCAACAUGUUAUAUUCCUCAGCAAGAACCAGUUAGAUCGUCAUCCUGAAAUGGAAGAGGAGGUGGUGGGGGAAGCAAAAGAGGCAUGUGUUAAGAAAGAGAAAUCCCAGAAGAAGAAAGAGUUUGACAGGAGAAGGUUAGAUAAAGUACUGAAGAAAAAGGAGGAAAAGAAAGAAAUUCUCGUGGAAAAGAAUAAAUUUAAAGGUAUUCAAAAUUAUAAAGUACAGUUUGGUGAGGUUGCCAUGGAACCACCAACAUUUACAUCCAAACCCAGGAAGAGCAGGGGUCAGACCAAGCCAGGAGAGAAGCAGCUUCUUCUCAAGAAACUUCUAGAGGAAGAAAGCAGGCAAACCAACCCUGCUGUAAUGUCACUGGCAAGGAAGAGACUGAUUGAUGAAGAACGUGCACGGGUUAUACAGGCUUACAGACAGCUGAAGAAGCACAAGAUUCAACCAGGCAAAGAGAUUAGUUUCCCAAAAUCCUAACCCCUGUUUAUCCACAUUGUUUGAUCAUAAAUACAUGGACUCUACUGUUGAAAGAACUCCGCUCUUAGAAGGCAGCAGUUUUUUUGCACAGCAUAUAAGGCUAAAGGGUCAAGCUAUCUGAGAUCAGCAUGGUUAAGCAGUGUAAGAACACAACACAACAAAAUACUUAUGCAAGGCAGAACUGUGAGUCAAGUGUUGAGAGAUACCAUCUGCUCCCAAAGCAGGUUCCUAACACAUUGCCAGAAGGAGCAAACUAUUCUGAGAAUUAUACACACUAUGCAAGCUGAUACAUUGGCUUGCAUCAGUUUUAUUUGGCAAAAAAAAUCAAAGCUAUUUAUCCAGGUUACUUUGUGAUCCAGACACAUAUAAGCCAGUGGAAGCAAGCAGAGAAUUCAUAAUGUUUGUGGGACAUGUUGACCUAGAAAAAAAACUUUGUAUAUUGCAUUUAUAAUUCAUAUUGCCUUGAAAUGUAAUAAAUUAACAUUGGUACAAUUACAUCAGAUUCUGAUCAGCUAAACCAAUUGCUUUAAAGGGAUUCUGUCAUGAUUUUUAUAAUGUAUUUUUUAUUUCCAAAUUACACUGUUUACACUGCAAA